ACCCAACAACCCAAUCAGGCCAGGAUGGAGUGGUUUUUCGGGUCGGCGCCGCCGACAGCAGCUCUGCCCGAGAACGCCAAAUUGUCCACGUCCACACCCCAGGGUCGCAGUGCUCCGUCUUUUGAGGAUGAUUCGUGGCACAAAAACUACGGCAACGAGUUCUUCAAAUCCAAAGACUUCCAAGCGGCUAUCCGCGAGUAUUCAAUCGGCAUCGAGCGUAAGCCCACGGCUACAUUGUACAGCAACCGUUCGGCGGCCUACUGUGCAUUGGGGCAGUACCAACUGGCCAAGGUUGAUGCUGAUGCGGCCAUCAUACUGGACCCAAACUGGGCCAAGACGUAUUCACGGAAGGGCAAGGCGCUGUACGGCAUGGCCUCAUACAAAAAGGCGGCAGACGUCUACGCCCGUGGCCUGGAACUCUGCUUACGAGGAGCCGUGGGUGAAGCACAGCAGAGAGACACUGAGCUGGAAGCGAUCAAGCGCCAGACGGACAGCCAGGCAGAAGCGUACCUUCGUCUAUUAGAGGAGAAUAACCAGCUCAGACGGCAACUGGAGGACUACCAGCACAUGUUUGGAGAGUGGACGAAGAAGGAGAUGUGA